AUCGCAUGUCAAAAAAAUCGCAAUAAAAAUUAAAAAUUCAUUUUGUCACCGCAUCGCAUUAGCAAAGUGUGUACUUACUUUGCGUAAAAAUAUUGAGUCAAUCAACUAUUUAAAUAAAUUAAAAUCAUGUGAUUGCCCUGUGUUUUAGCAGUAACAUUGUUCAAAAAUUUUAUUAGCUGCAUUAUAAAGACUUUUAAAUAUUCAUUAUAAGUGAAUUAAUUAUAAAAGAACUGGUAAUCAAUACGUAUUGCUCAGAGUGAUAAAUUUGUGUUUUUAUUUAUAUUAUGGGCCAGUUUUAAGGCGUGUGGUGCAAACGGGUUAAUUAAUAUUCAAACGGUGUUGUCUUUACGUAAUUAACUUGUUUGCUGUAUAUUUUAUGUGUUGAAAACGGUAUCUGGGAUUUUAUAGAAUUCGCAAUAAAGAAGAGAAAGAAAAAAAGAAAAUGGAACAGCGCCAUCUGCCGUCAAGAAUAGCCAACACCUAGCGCCAUCUAGCGGCGGUGGUUAAAAUGCUUCCGAUCCAACCCUUAUAGACGCAAUGCCCCGGCUAAAAUAUGCAUCCCUACUCCGUGUAUUGGUUAUACUGGGGCUGUUCUGUCUGUGGGUGCAGAUAAUGUUGUCGGCGACUAACGGAGCCAUGGAGAAGGAUAAUGAAGAGCUGAUGAACGCGAACGACACGUCGGAACAGGUUCUGGCGUUAGUGCCACCAGAGCUUCAUAAGUACUUGACGGUACACCCUAGAAAUGCUACAGGUAACUCAACCGAGCGGUACGCGGCUAAGAACGUGUCGGAUAUCCUCAGAGCCAUAUACAGAAUCAACGAGGCUCAGACCAUAUACAACGAAGACAUUUUCGGCCCUGUGCAGAACGACACCAUCAUUAUAGCAAUACAAGUGCACACGCGCCUCACCUACCUCAGACACCUGAUAGUGUCGCUAGCACAAGCGCGUGACAUCGAUAAAACCCUACUAAUAUUCUCGCACGACUACUACGAUGAACAAAUCAACAGUCUCGUUAGAAGCAUCGAUUUCACUAAGGUGAUGCAAAUUUUCUUCCCGUAUUCAGUGCAAACUCAUCCCGCGGAAUUCCCCGGCAUGGAUCCCAACGAUUGUCCGCGGGACGCCAAGUUGGAGCAAGCGAUAAAGCUGAAGUGCAACAACGCUCUGCACCCGGAUCUGCACGGCCACUACCGGGAGGCGAAGUACACGCAGACCAAGCACCACUGGUGGUGGAAGGCCAACAGGAUAUUCAACCAGCUGCAGUGCACGGCCGGCCACACAGGAAUGGUAGUAUUCCUCGAGGAAGACCACUACGUGGCGGAGGACUUCCUCCACAUGUUGAACCUCCUCCGAGUGACCGCAGACAAGACUUGUUCACAUUGCGAGAUAUUGUGUCUCGGCACAUACUUGAAGACAUACCAAUAUCACAGCAAUAGUGACAAGAGAAAGAAGCACCUAACCUUGAGCUACAUACAACAAGUGCGAGCGGUCAACGAAGAGAGAAGAAAGAGACAGCACGAUGGCCAAACGUGGAAUUACCAAGUCUACCCCAAUUUCUAUGCUAGCACUCAAAAGGUAGAAAUAACCCCCUGGCAUUCCAGCAUGCAUAACAUGGGCAUGGCGUUCAAUAGGAGCGUGUGGGAGAACAUUCUGGAACUGCAGGAUCAGUUCUGCGCUUACGACGAUUAUAAUUGGGACUACUCGCUGCUUCAUUUAUCACAAAACAGACCUGGAAAAGAAAAGUUCAAGGUCAUCCUGUGUAAAGGACCACGGGUCUUCCAUAUUGGCGAGUGCGGAUUCCACCACAAGAAGUCGAACUGCAAUGCGUCCACUGUCAUAAGCAAGGUCCAGAAGUUGCUUCAAGACGCGAAAACUUACUUCUAUCCGUCCAGGGUGACUGCUACCAUCAGUGCUGGUGGCGCCAAGCAUAACAAGAAGCUCACGAAGGGGAAUGGGGGGUGGGGGGAUUUGAGAGAUCAAGAACUGUGCACGAAUAUGACCCAAGUGGGUAGACAGAUGAGAAAAUACAUCUAUUACGCGUAAACCUUUGAAGACAUUGCGUUUGUUACGCGUUACCGAAGUUACAUCUGUGCAACGACCUUUGUUACGCGUAACGAAAAUAACACUUGUGAAACGCCCUAUGUUACGCGUAACGAAAACAACACUUGUGAAAUGAUCUAUGUUACGCGUAACGAAAAUAACACUGGUGAAACGACCAAUGUUACGCGUAAUGCCUAUUUCUUUCGAAGAAAUAACGUAACGAAAGUAACUGUUGAACUAACUAUGUGUGUUACGCGUAACGCACGUUACGGUUAAGAAUCCACGUAUGUUACGUGUAACCAAGUUACAUUUGAAGAAAAAUAUUCUUAAUUGAAGAAAUUCAGCGUGUUACACGCAAAUUAUGUCACAGUUGUCCAAAAAACGUGGCGUAGCCCACGUUACGCCAGUCAUGUUUAAAAACCGGCCUGUGUUACACGUAACCAAAGUUAAAUUUUGCAAAUUGCGCGUGUUUCUGGGAACGUAUCAUUACCCUUGCAAAAAAAACCCCGAGUUACGUUUGAAGAAAUAACUUGUGUUAUUCGUAACGUAUUAUGUCGACGUUGUAAAAAAAAUGUGUUACGCGUAACACAUGUCAUACUUAAGAAACUACCUAGCUCGUUAUUACUCGUGCCUAAUAUUUACAUUUGAAGAAACUACGCUUGGUACUCGCAACGUAUUAUGUCACAGUUGUCAAAGGCCAAGUCAUACUUAAAAAACGGCCUAUUUAAGAGGCGGUGUAUGUUAGGCGUAACACACGAGUCACUCUUGAAGAUAUAUCGUAUUUCACACAGUGGUAAUAGUAAUAAAAGAUGCACGACAAGAAAUGACGUAUAAUAAGUGCAUAUAGUUAUAUGUUAACGUAACGCCAGUCGUACUUAAGAAACGACCUAUGUUACACGUGACUCUAGCUAUUGAAGGAAUAGCGUGUUACGCGUAACACACGCUAUUUCGUUACACUGGUGAUAGUAUUUUAAGACGCACGCGAAGAAAUGACGUAAAAUAAGCGUAUACGGGGUUAAUAUAAAAUAGCAGAAUUCGACCUUGUAGUUGAUACAAAUGAAACUAACAACUUUUGUUUAAAGACUUUUCAGAAUUCAGUAUUAAUUUAUUUGACGGCCG